GCCAAUCCGGCAUAAGCCCGUUGAUUUUCCAAAGUUUCAAAAUUGAAGGCUUAACAGUAUCGAGAAGAACGUAAACGUUUUCUUCGCAAUUGCUAAGAAAGAGCCUUUAACGUAUGAAACGUACGUGAACAACAAUUUUCAUCUCGUAAGUGAAUAUAGAUGGAAAUACUAUUACUGAUUUAAACAGGAUCCUUAUAACGCAGUGUUAAAGGCAGACUAAUAUCCAAUACUAAAUAUAGAAGACGCUCGGCGGUUAAAGGAGCGGUAUAACAUACUAGACCAAUAUAUCAUUGGAAAAGGACGAACAAGGUCACGUUAUUCAAGUUAAAGUAUAGUACUACAGGGAUUUCAUUGGAAAUAUACAGAUCAGCGAUGGAAAACCCAAAAGACGGAGAAGAUGUGGAGAUGCACCCUGUCAAUGACAUAAACAAUCCCAAUGAUAAACUACUUAAUCGUCAACGUCACGCUAGUCGUGCUUCAACAUGCAGUCAGAGAAGUCAAAGAAGUUUGAAACGUCUCGAUAGUGAUGUAGAACACACUAUAGAUCCUGACCAGAAGGGUGUCAGUAAGCGUAAAAUCAGCGUCAGUAGGCCGGAGUAUCAUGAACAUCUCAAAGGCAUUAUGGGACAGGGUCUGUCCAUCAACCUUGUCUUCACAGCAUUCAUCAUUUGUUUUGGGUCUUCAUUCAUCAUCGGCUACAACAUAGGUGUCCUCAAUCAGCCUGCCAAUUUGAUCCAAGAUUUCUAUAACUACACAUACAAUUUUGACCGGCGUCCCGAUGCAAACUAUGGUGUUAAUGGCACAGAUAAACUUAUAUCACAGACAGCUCUGACAACGCUAUGGAGUCUUUCCACGACAUUCUUCCUCCUUGGAGGCAUGCUGGGAAAUAUCUGUGUUGGAUUUGUGGCAGAAAAGAUUGGAAGGAAAUGGUCGAUCAUGGUGGCCCACAUAUUUGCAUUUAUUGGAAGUGCCAUAAUGACCCCAACCCUUGCGGCUAGAUCUCCAGAGAUGGUCAUGAUUGGACGGUUCUUCAUUGGGAUCAAUUGUGGAUUGUCAAUGGGUCUUGCACCUAUGUUUCUGUCUGAGAUCACACCAGUUAAUCUGAGAGGAGCCUUUGGGACGUGUCAUCAGCUUGCUAUCACUAUUGGAAUAUUCCUCUCUUCUGUAUUUGGUCUAGAACAACUGUUAGGAACGGUCAACAGGUGGCCCUAUCUCCUCCUUUUGAACAUUGUCCCAGCAUUUGUCUCAUUGGUCAUUCUACCUUUCCUCCCAGAGAGCCCCAGAUAUCUGUUCCUUGCCAAGCGUCAGCAAGAUCUAGCAAAGAAAUCUCUGCAGUUCUACCGCAAGAGAGACAAUGUAAGUGCAGAGAUAGAAGAGAUGGAGACAGAGGCCCAUGCAGCUGCCAAGGUUGAAGCUUACAGUAUGAAGAAGGUGUUAACAGAUAAAAGUCUUCGUUGGCCUCUCAUCAUUUGUGUUGCUCUACAGGCUGCCCAGCAACUCUCGGGUAUUAAUGCUAUAUUCUUCUAUUCUGGUAGUAUCUUUGAGAAUGCACAGGUUAAGGAUAUUCCCAUGGCUGUCCUUGGAACAAAUGCCGUCAAUGUUGGCAUGACAAUCGUAUCUGUACUUAUCAUGGACAAGCUUGGUCGCCGUGUACUCCUCAUCUUCCCAAUGGGUCUGAUGAUCUUCACAUGUAUCCUUAUAACCGUCUCCCUCAGUCUGCAGGACAAGGUGGCAGGUAUGAGCUAUGUGUCUAUUGGAUGUGUCAUAGGUUAUGUCAUUGGAUUUGCUGUAGGUCUAGGACCUAUACCUCUCAUGAUUGGAGCUGAGUUAUUCAGACAAGGCCCCAGGCCCCAAGCUAUGGCCCUUGGAGGCCUUAUGAACUGGUUCUGUAAUCUCCUCAUUAGUAUCUCCUUCCCCCUUAUACAGGAAUCUCUGAAGCAGUACACCUUCAUUAUCUUCAUCAUCCUUCUCACUCUUUUCCUCGUCUUUAUCAUAUUUAAAGUUCCCGAAACCAAAAACCGGACAAUUGAGGAAAUCGCUAAUGACUUUGCCCCUGAUGGUGAACACAUUGCUGUUGAGGAGGUGAUGGAUGAUAAUGCGGGAGGGAAUGGUGAAAUGAUGCCACUUAAGUCUACUCAACCUGAUGAUGUGAAGGUUUAAUAUCAGCAUUAUUUUAGGAAAUUUAAUUUUACAAAGUCUUAAUGGUGUUUAUGUAUACAAAGUGGGCUGCCAUACAUGUAGAGGUUCUAAUGGGUUAUUUGAAUUAAAUAUCUUUAAAAAGAUUACUUCACUUGGUCCCUUGGAUUAUGGGAGGGAAUAAAUAAUGUACGAGAUACGCGUAUCUCAUUUGAGUUGUUAUGUAGUCUGAUAGUGUAUGAGAAAACGUAGAAUGAAACAAACACAUGUUUUCUUUACAAAUAACAUGCUACGCUUACUUAUUAAAAACAUACGUUUGCUUCAUUUUAGUAUAUGAUUAAUGAAAAUAUGUCACGUGGUAUUUUUCUAAAGUAAAAUCAAUUUAUUUUGAAUUCUAUUUUAAAUUGUUAGUACCACAAAUACAGGUACUCUAUAUUACUUUGUAAUUGGUGCCAUUUUAUUGAGCUUACAAUUUUAAUCUAUUUGUUAAAACAUAGGGCCAAAUUGUAACUUCAAUUGUAUUGAAGGAGGUACAGGGUGAGACACUAUAGCUACAGGGUGAUCUCAUAUGCUAUGUUGUACAUAAAAUUUUACCAUUUUGCAUUAUGUUCAUUUAAUAAGUUUAUUGAGUCACCUUGUAUGUCAGAUACUGCCAGUUUUGUACUUUGAUGAUCCACCAUCUUUGGAUUUUAGUAGUUCAGAUUGUUAACUGCGUUCAUACUUAGAUUAUAUAUGAGCCACACUACCAAACAAAUCAAAUGCAUUUGGUUCAAUAGUUAUGGAGUACAUGUAUUGUUAUGGAUUUUUUUAUCUACCUCUUAUUUAAGAGAGUUAUGAAUGUUACAUAAGAUUUAUUACUUUCCUUGUUAAAUCAUUACGCAACAGCUGUUUAAUAAUGUUCUAUUUAUUAUUAUUCUUUAUUUCAUAAGUGGGCAUUGUUAUAUACCAUACUGUAAAUACUUCACUGUAAAGUAUUAUAUAAUUAUGAAGCUGGCACAUGUAUGUUAUUUAUAAUAUAACUGCAUGUAUUGUGUCGUAUGUGUCUCAAUUAAAAACUGAAUAUGCUUAUAUAGAAAAUACAUAAUAUAAUACUGUAUGUAGAGAGUAUACUAUAAUUCAUGUUAUAUGCUACUGUAUUUUUAUGAAGUAUUGACAAAAAAGUUAUUAUUGCUGUCUAUUAUUGUUCUCUUCUUAUCUUAUUAUGUCAUCAUGAUUUCCAUGGCAACAAGAGGAUUUUUAGUCAAAAAUAUUUCGAAUAGACACCAGGGGUGUAUUUUAAAUUAUGGUAUUUCUAGUACCAUAUAGCUACCGUUCAUUCUGGCACUAAAACAAAAUAAUACAUUAGCACCACACAUACUGGUACUAUACAUCCAGUAGGUGGGUGUAGUUUUUAGUCACCGCAUCAAAUGCACAAUACCUCAACUUUUGAAAUACAAUUGUAAUGUGGAUUGUAGAGAGUUUGUCUACACAAUAUACAAUAACUUGAUUUAAACCAUGACACAUUUGUAAGGAAAUAAUAGAUCUGAUCUGUAGGCUGUGAGAACUGGAGAGGCUUGAAUGAGCCAUAUUUACAUUCAUGACAUUGUAUACACUGACUCAAGCAUGCUAUGACUUGCUGCAUUAAUUCAGAGUGAAAAUCUAUGGAUAUUAUAAUUCAGUUUAUUUUUUGGUAGCCUAUGGUUGUAAUUAAUGAUUUUAAAGAAAGAAUACUGAUGUUUCAGUGACUCAAAUCAGUUAUGAUUGUCACAAAAUAUCAUGAAUAUUGUCCCAUAAACUCCAAUCAAUUUGUACAUGUAGAAACGACAGUCUUUUAUAAGCAAUUGGUUUGAUUAAUCAUUUUUACAUUAGGAUGUUAUCCAAUAGAAUGGGGUCUUUCAUUUUUACGCAUCACAUCUUGUUUUCAAGUAAUGUAACAUCUGUGAGCGCAAAAACUUUGGUUUCUUGAUAUGAAUCUCAUUGUUAAACUGGAAUGUAUUCUAUUUGUAGUUUAUUUGAAGUGUAGUCUUGCCCAAGUCUGUAUUUUUUUA